GUGUGUGUGUGUGUAUAGAACAGCUGUUUCCCUCCCUCCCUCUCUCUCUCUCUUUCUCAGCAGCCAUGGGCUCCACAGUGAUGGAGUUGCUGUACUGGAGGAACCCAAAGGUGACGGGUGUGUUGUUUGGGGUGGUGGUGCUGCUGCUGGUGGCCCUGACGCGCUUCAGCGUGCUCAGCGUGGUGGCUCACGUGGCGCUGGCCGUCCUCCUGGUGACCAUCAGCGUCAGGGCGUACAGGUCGCUCCUGCAGGCCAUCAAGAAGGCAGAGGCUGGCCACCCCUUCAAGGCGUACCUGGACAUAGAUGUGGCUCUGACGCCAGAGCAGAUGAGCUCCUAUGUUGAGAAGCUACAGCUCUACCUGAAUAGCUCUCUUAUGGAACUGCGGAGACUAUUCCUGGUGCAAGACCUGCUGGACUCAAUAAAGUUUGCAGUACUAAUGUGGUUGCUGACACACCUUGGGGCGGUGUUCAAUGGCCUGACUCUUCUGAUAUUUGCCGUGGUGGCCAUGUUCACACUGCCCAUCAUUUAUGAGAAAAAUCAGGUUCAGAUUGACCACUUUGUGGCAGUUGUGAAGAAAAACGCUAACAUUAUCUUGACAGUGAUCAAAUCAAAUGUUCCCGGAGUCAAGAGGAAGGAGGAGUGAGGCUGCAUUGCCUUGCAACCGCUCCAUGCCAGCAUUCCUUCAUGAAUGUCAGAGAUGUGUCAUAGCCUUAUUCCUGUCUCAGACAUGUGGUUUUUUUUUUAAAGAAAUUGAAAAUACUGUUGAAUGGCUGCAGCUCGUUACAUGUUGUGGUACUGUAUGCUUUGAACAGUUUGGGUUUUUGGCAUGGGCCUUGUGAAUUACUGUAUGUGCCAAUGCCACACAAAUAAUUUUUUCAGCCAUAACCCACUAGUUGACAUUAAAAGAUGGCAAAAUGGUUGUAUGGUGUAGUCAUGGUUACUCAGUGAUAUUUCAUUGAGAUAUUGAAAGCUAUGUCUGCAGCGAUUGCAUUGGAUGAUAGUUCUAAGCACUUAAAAUACACAUGUUCUUGCUCGACAAAUUACGUUUCAUCAAACUAAGUAAAAAAUGUAAGUAAAGCUUGAAUGUUUGUGUACCUUGUUUAAAUGGUCACCGAGUUGCCAGGUUCUGUAAACCGACUCAUUUUAUAAUUAGAUAGAUUAGAUACUCUUUCAAGGGCAACUGGCUGACUGAAAAAGCAGAUUAAAAAACAAAUCAAGGGUGAGUAAUGUAAGCAAAACAAAUACAGAAGAAUGUUAUAUUGUCAGUGAUGUUUGUUGGUUACAAAUUCUUUCAUUUGAAAUGCAGUACAUAAAUACAUAGUAAGUCUAUGAA